AUGAGCGACGUAAAAGCAGAAACUCCACUUGUGACGGAAGAACCCGGUAAGGAUGGAAAAUUGGCCGAAGCGGCUAAUGAAACUGCAGAAGAAGACGGGCAACCGAGUCUGAAUCCGCUUCCUGCUGGAUGGAUAUCGGCUGGAGCUUCUUGGUUCAACACUGCUAAGGAAAAGACAAAGAGCACAUUCGACCUCAUGAAGAAAGACCUAGCCGAAUUCGGUGACGCAAUGACACAGGAAGUAGCAGAUCUUACCAGUGCAGCUAAAGGAGGGAUCGAUACUGCGACAAGUGUAAUAAAAGAACAAGCACAGUACCUAGAGAAGUUAGUUACUCCGGACACCGAACAGAAGCCGCUUGUCGAGGAGACCGUAACAAAUCCUACGGAACCAGAAGCUUCAAGUACUCCUGUUUCAAGAUCGCAAUCAAAUGAGGAGUCAUUAGCUGCCAAAGUGGAAAAAAGCGCAUCAAUUGGAUUUGGUUGGAUGAAGUCGGUUGUGGAUACUGUGACUGACACUGUGAAGAGCUUGGCUGUGGAGGAAACUACUAAAGGGGAAGAUGACAUAACUGAAGCCAUACGACCACGUAUCUGUCGUAAAACAAAUCUAUCUCAAGCCAAACUUAUGGAACUCCAGUCAUCUGAGUCGACUUUUUGCAAUGAACCAGAAAAUACGGAAGGAUUUGAAAAUUGGAUAGCGCGAUUUGUAAUGGAAGAAUAUGAUGCGGAAGUUAAUAUGCUACUUGCAAAUAAUCCGAAGCUAAGGGAGAUUUAUGGAAAAAUUGUACCAACUGAACUGGAUGCUAAAACGUUUUGGUCUCGUUAUUUCUUCGCUGUUCAAAUAGCUGAGAUGGAUGAAGAACUGCAUCAGUCCUUUUCUUUAAGAGAACUGACUGUGAAAACUGGCGCAGAUGGAAAGAAGACGAAGAAAGCGAUUUCUUCCCUGUCUGCAUCGCCCAAACAAUGCCCUGGAGAGUCACCUGGGUCCGAUGAAUCAAUUGCCGUAGUUGAUCAUCAACCAACUAGCCCUGCUGCUUCUGCUGAUGAUUGGAGUGUAUGUAGUGAGAAGAAUUAUGUUGAGGAGAUAAGCUCUACGAAUGGCGAAGAAGAACAAUCUGGUCCUAAAACGCCUCGUCCUAAUGACGAUGAAGAAGAGUCCAAGAAGGAGAAAAAAGAUGAGAAUUGGGCUCAUUUUCUGUCCAUCAUGAGCGGACCUGGUUUCGUGGGCAUUAAAUUCUGUCCGGAAUGUAAUAACAUGCUCUACCCUCGCGAGGACAAGGAGCAUCGGCAACUAAUGUACGCAUGCCGGAACUGUGACCAUAAACAGAUUGCUGAUAAUCCGUGCAUCUACGUAAACAAACUCGUUCAUGAAGUGGAUGAGCUGACACAAAUUUGUGCUGACGUUGUUCACGAUCCUACGUUACCAAAAACUGAAGACCAUCCCUGUCCGAAGUGCGGUGGCAAUCAAGCUGUCUUCUUCCAAGCUCAAACAAGGAGAGCUGAGGAAGAAAUGAGGCUAUACUACGUGUGCAUGGAUACCACCUGCAGUCAUCGAUGGACUGAAUAA